AUGCAGAAGUUUCUGGAAGUCAAAGUUCAGUUGUUGCUGGAAGUGCUCAAACCGCAGAUGCUCAAACUCAAACCGAUGCAGAAGAAGAUCAAAGUCAAAGUGCAGUUGGUGCAAGCUCACAGCAGGGUGCAGUUGUUGCUGGAAGUGCAGAGGAACAAGGUACUCAGACCAAAGGUGGAGUUGUUGCAGGUAAAAAGACACAAGGUACUCAGACCAAAGGUGGUGCAGCUGCAGGUGCAAAGACACAAGGUACUCAGACUCAAACCAAAGGUACUCCUGCAAUUAAUUCUGAUGGAGGAAAUCCCUCACGAAAAGGGCAUAAAUAAUACUAAUCAAACCUAUAUGAGCAAGACAAACUCAUUACUCUAA